AUGCCAUCGAUACCACCAAAGCACGCUUUUCGCGGAGGAACAUCCGAGAUGCCAUCAGCGUCUGCAGCACGAGGUGUGCAGCUUCAGUAUCCAGUAGGUCUCUCCAAAUCCCUUUCCCCGGUGGCGGCGAUGGAGGCGGUGGAGGACCUACCAGAGCACGCGCGAGGCGAGGCGGACAUCAAGCAGUGUCUGAGGAUGUCUGCAAUUACGAUAUACACGCACGAGAAGCUGUCCGAGUAUUUCCACACGAGAGCGCAAAGUGACGAUUGCAUGCUACCUUUGUUGCUGUGCUUGCUGCACGGCCGCGAUGUAUCAGAUCCGAGGCACGCCCUGCGGAUGACAGGCUUUGACAAAGCUCACCAACUACCUUUCGCCUCAUGGGACAGCUUAUAUCUCGUACUGGUUGCAGAGAUACGCAUUGUAUACCACGAUGUCCUACGAGAGCUUGCCACCGAGUCCGGCGGAAACAACAAGCUGAUGCUCCAUCACUUUGGCAUAGACGGAACCGAAGACAAUGCCCCCCUCCCACUGAUGGACUUCGCCACUCAGCUGGAGGAUAUCUGGAGCCUACUCAUGUCUGCGGCUCUACUGGGUCCAUUAGAGCAUGCGGUGCGGAAACAAAGGCUAAAUCAGCAAUACCUUGACCACACUCAUGACGAAAACUUCAACGCAAAUUUUGAGCAGUGGUGGAACAAUCAGGUUCCCAAGCAGCAAGUGGAGGUUCUCAACAAAUUCAAAGGCAUACUCGAUCCCAUAUCUCUAUCUCCGACAGCCAUCUUCGAUUUCGUUCGUGAGAACCACGUCCCGUCAUUGCGCCAAGCUUGCGCACAGCACAGGAACAACAGGGGCACGCUAUCGACACAGCCUCCGCCUGUGCGUCGUGCAGACCAGGACCAUGAGACGGACUACUUCGGACAGUAUGCCUCAGAGGACGAACCGCAAUGCUUCUGUGACGAGCAGUGUGCCUGCAGCAUAGUCUGUCAGUUCGCGGUGCAGCGAUGUUCUUGUAAAGCUGCGCCCGGUCAGUCCAGCGUCUCUCCGCCACCUCGACGCUAUUACGAAGAUACAGUGUAUCAGGCCGACGCUGGUACUCCAUCACCACAGCAUCGGAAUUUCGAGACCGUGUCAAGCAACAUGGCGCAAAUGCAAAUUGCAGCGCAGCAAUCACCUGGACAUUUUCAGCCGGUGCAACCAGUCCACACAGCACAGAUCGAGCGUCCCGAGAGGCCGGGAAAGAAUCGACAGCGCUCCAACACAGCAAGGAGCGACUUGGCUUACGUUCCAGACGUUGUGCCUCCACCACCAGUGGCGCCCUUCAAGAAAGAUGCAUAUCCACUGGCGUUCUACGGGCGCAACUCUGGUCAGAGAUACCCCAACUUCAGCCAGCCAUCUCCAGGAUGCACCCCCGACAGCACCAAGUUCAAUGGGUUGCCACCAAAGCCCUUAGCGUCACCGUUGGCGGCCGUCAUGAGUUCAGCCCUUGAUGCUGGUCCUACGGAAGAAUCGAGGUCCCUUGCGCCGUCUGACAGCAUUAUCGAUGACAAGACUUCACCUCUCAACGCUCGCAACAUUAUUCGCCGUAUCGUCCCAGCAGCGGCCAGCACCUCCUACACGCAAAGCUUUCCAGUCCCAGCACACGGCAGCCACCGUGGCCCCGAAAAUGAAUUCAGCGACUGGGACACCUCUCAUAUCAAGACGCCGGUACUGGCGCCACUAGGACAACAUCCCGGCACCGCAGACAGAGCCGGCACCUUGCGCCAUUCCGUGGACGCACCAUCACCCGUGCUUCGAGCGAAGAGCAGCAUCCAAGACCAAGUUGCUCAAAGCGAGGCGGUGCUACCACCAGAAGCACUCCCUCUACCGGACUUCAUUGCUCCUAGACCAGCCAUGCAGCAGCGCUACGUCUCAGCUGGCGGUGAUGCGAAAUUGAAAGAUCGGCCAGUAAUUGCCGACUUCACGCUUCCUCCAGCUGUCGAGCCGGGAAUGACUUUCAAAAAGGAAGAUUUGGAAACCCGCCUGUCUCAAAUGUCGCCUCCCCGACGCGACAGCGGGCUUGCCUCAGGACGACCAAGUCAUGAGAACGUCAUAAGUCCAGCAAGCAGUCGUGUCUCUCGUGACCUUAGUGGCGCUGCACAGAACGAGAGUCGCCACCGCACCAGUAGCAGCGUCAGCGCGAGGAUCAAGCGUAUCUUUUCCAGGCAUGGUAGCGCAUCCGAGGGAUCAGGUUGA